AUGCAUGGGGGAGGGCUCCGGUUAAUGCAAGUUCUGGGCUCCUGCAGGGACCCCGACAACUGUCAGCAGCAGCAACUCGGGGCCUCCUCCUCCGCUUCCUCAGCGAUGCUUUUCCACAGUCUGUCCGGCUCGGAGAUGCACGGGGUCAUCGAUGAGAUGGAUCGGAGAACCAAAAGCGAAGCACCGGCCAUCAGCUCGGCUAUAGACAGGGGAGAGACCGAAACGCCGACCAUGCCUUCCAUCAGCAGUGACAGGGCUGCCCUGUGCGCCGGCUGCGGAGGGAAAAUCUCCGACCGUUAUUACCUCCUGGCUGUGGAUAAACAGUGGCACAUGCGCUGCCUGAAGUGCUGUGAAUGUAAACUCAACCUGGAGUCCGAGCUCACCUGCUUCAGCAAGGAUGGCAGCAUUUAUUGCAAGGAGGAUUACUACAGGAGGUUUUCGGUGCAAAGAUGUGCGAGAUGUCACUUGGGAAUUUCUGCCUCCGAGAUGGUCAUGAGGGCCAGGGAUUUGGUAUAUCACUUAAACUGCUUCACUUGCACCACUUGCAACAAGAUGCUGACCACCGGCGACCACUUUGGCAUGAAGGACAAUCUGGUGUACUGCCGCCUCCAUUUCGAGACUCUGAUCCAGGGGGAGUACCAGGUGCAUUUCAAUCACUCGGAUGUAGCCGCUGGGAAGGGCCCGGCACUGGGAGCGAGCUCUGCCAACACUUUGGGACUGCCUUAUUACAACGGCGUGGGGACUGUCCAGAAAGGGAGACCCAGGAAGAGGAAGAGCCCAGGGCCUGGUGCAGAUCUGGCAGCCUACAAUGCAGCUUUAAGUUGCAAUGAAAACGAUGGUGACCAUCUGGAUAGAGACCAGCAAUACCCCAGCAAUCAAAAAACAAAGCGUAUGAGGACAUCAUUCAAACACCACCAGUUGCGGACAAUGAAGUCAUACUUUGCUAUUAACCACAAUCCCGAUGCCAAGGACUUGAAACAGCUAGCUCAGAAAACCGGCCUGACCAAAAGGGUUCUUCAGGUUUGGUUUCAAAAUGCUCGAGCCAAAUUCAGACGGAACCUCUUACGUCAAGAAAACACAGGGGUGGAUAAGACUUCAGACUCAACACUCCAAGCAGGAACCCCAUCAGGUCCUGCCUCAGAAAUAUCCAAUGCCUCCAUGAGUCCAUCCAGCACUCCCACUACUUUAACGGACUUGACUAAUCCUACUAUGCCUACUGUGACAUCUGUCUUGACAUCAGUGCCCGGAAGUCUUGAGGUUCACGAAUCUCGAAGUCCUUCACAAACAACUCUCACAAAUCUUUUCUGA